GUGCUGGUGUGGGCCGGACGGGCACCUUCAUCGUCAUCGAUGCCAUCAUAGAUAUGAUGCAUGCUGAGCAAAAGGUCGACGUCUUUGAGUUUGUUUCCAGGAUCCGUAACCAGCGGCCUCAAAUGGUUCAAACUGAUAUGCAGUAUACAUUCAUCUACCAAGCCUUACUAGAAUACUACCUCUACGGAGACACAGAGCUGGACGUAGCCUCCCUGGAGAAGCAUCUCCAAUCCCUUCACAGCCCCACAGCGCCCUUGGACAAAAUUGGCCUCGAGGAAGAGUUCAGAGUAGGUGCUAACAUUGGGUCCGGGGCCUCCCAGCAACGUCUCUGGGCUGGAGAAGAAGCGUCGAGAUGGACACAUGUUGGUAUUAAAAAACGUAUGAGCAACAUGAGCCCUGGGUAGGAAAGCAGAUUCAGAAAGGGGACAGGUAUGGUGUGGUGGAAAGAGGGCUGACCUUGGAUGCAAAUCCUGGACAAAUCCCUUUACCUCUGAAGCAGAGAGAUCAUCCAUACACCACCCACCUCCCUGGGCCAUUAGAAUUAGAAUGCUCCAUCAAGGGGAGCUGACCCCAUGACCGAGUAGGAAGAGGGUUGGGCAGCUCUGGCACACAUGAGCUCUGCCACUGUGGGCAAGUCACUUGCCCCCUCUGAACCUCAGUUUCCUCAUCUGUAAAAUGGAGAUAAUUCCUCUACUUCUUUCUCAGCAGGGUCAUUGUAAGGAAAUUAUCCCAUAAACCUUGAAGCACUGUAGAUGUGGGGCUACCGUUAUUAUUAGGAAGUGUUUCCAGACCAGUGAGCUGGGGGGAGUUGAUGAAGAGUAGGAGGAUAAGAAGGAGAGAGAUAGCAUGGUAAUAAUAGUAGCGAUCAUUGUUUUGGACCGAACCCGUGAUUUCAUUGACCAGGAUAUGUCAGAGGGAGGACCUGAACCCAGGGCUUCCUGUCUCUAAUGUUGGCACGCUAACCACAAAACCAUAAUGCCUCCCUAACAA